AUGAAUUUCUCAGGUAUGAAACUUCGGGCCAUAAAUGGUGUGAAAUCUUACUUCAAUAGGACUUGGAACUUUGACGACAUGAUGAAUAUUGAUGAAAUUCCCCAUGAAGUUCACACAAGAUUGAAGAAGGUGUAUCUUACUCUUUUCUGUGCCAUGUUGAGCUCUGCUUUUGGAUCCUAUUUGCAAUGGAUCUCGAUAGCCAGAGGGAAAUUCACAGUCCUUUCUUGUGUAGCAAGUUUAAUCUGGAUUUACUUUACUCCACCAGGGAGACUGAAGACGAGAGUCUUACUCUUGAUGUUGGCUGCCUAUUCAUUCGGUGCUUCUAUUAGUGCUUAUAUCAAUUAUCUCUACAAAAUCGAGCAAUGCUAUGUUCUCAAACUUUUGUUAGGUGACACAAUGGUCUCUGGAAAUUUCUUGUAUAGAGCCACCAGAACAAGGGAAAGGAUGAAAAUCUACUACAGUUGCCUGCCAUAUUGCUUUGUUCUAAUGAUCUCCGGAAUUGCUUCCAUUCUCUUGGACAGCAAGAGCACAGCAUUUUGGGUGAUAAACAUACACACUCAGCAGAUGUUGUUCAUGGCGUUCCUUGUGAUAUAUAGCCAAGAGAUACUGUUCAAUGCUAACUUAGGAGAUAUUGACUUCAUCAACUGCACGUUCACCGCCUUCUUCCAUUUACCAGGCAUAGUGAUCCAUGCUGCUGCAAGACUAUACCUGCAGCAUGCAGAAAUUGAGCAACACAAUUAAAGCUGAUGCACCUUGGAAGUAUAGAAUAAAUAGAAAGA